CGUAGCGAGUAUUGUUGCGCGGGCGUUACGGACGGGAUCGUACCGAGCAGGGUUGGAGAACAGGCCGGGAAAAGGUGCGAGAAUCUCCGAAGGAAAUGUCCCGCUACGCCGUGGUACUGAUGAACGGUCCUCCCUGGGGACUGAGGCUGCAGGGAACCCGCGAGCCGGACCAGUUCCUCCGGGUUGCGAAGAUCAACCCCAAUAGCAAGGCAGCCACUGCUGGCGUGGGAGAGGGGGACAUUGUAGAGAAAAUCAACGGCUACAACGUCCAGGGGACGGACCUACAGCAAGCACAACUGCUGGUCAAGAAUGCUGGCAAGCGUCUGGAGCUGCACUUGAAGAGGUCAGAAGAGAACAACAGAAUUCCAAACGGGCCGCAAAGGAGAAAUAGAGAGAUGGAAAAUUCAACGCCAGGUGACCUGCACUGGAGCUGGGGGAGUCUUUAUGCCGGUAGGGAGGAGCCCACCUCCUCCUCAAAAUCACAGGAACCCCCCCAAUCACAGCCUCCCCACUAUGACGUUGCUCAUACCUAUCCCACAGUAGACCGCAAUGAGGAUAAAUCAGAAUCACUGUCAUCAGUAGGUCUUGGCGCGGGAAAAAACUACGUACCAGCCGAGAGAGAUCUUCAUCAGACAUACGUGAAGCAUCCGAGGGACGAUGCCUCAGUUCCAGAGAGGCCGCUUUUCCGAGCAACGUACGUGGAACCAAUGGAUGACGAAUAUAAAGAAGAUGGGUACGGAAGGAGGGAUAAAAUGGAGGGAUUCAGUCCGAGGAGGGCGACGUCUUCCAGCAGGGCCCUGAUGCAGGCUCGGUACGGGGACGCCGCUCCGCGGUACGAGACGCCUGCCGAGAGAUACGCAAGACACUGGAACGAGAGGUACGGAACAGCAGUGUCGGGUUACAUGCAGGCUGACGACAGCCGCAAUGCACCGGUGGAGGAACCGUACGCCAGUGCCAACACGACGGGGUACAGAGAUGACCAGUAUUACCACCGUCCGGCGCAGAGGGAGGGUAACAGUAAGGGAGGCCAGGUAAAGAGUAUUGAAGAGUCUUCACGGCUUUCGCAGCAACCUGUGCAAGGUACUAGUAAAAACCCUACCGAAGGAGGAUCUCUGUAUCAAGCGAGGCAUGUAGAGGUCCAAGCUGACGACGACUUUGCCCAAGAGUCGUUGUCGCCGGCGUCCCGUGAAGUGGUGGAAGUCUUCAACCCCUACUCGGACAGCGAAAAGAAUGACUACAACCUUCCCGAUUCCCUGCACUUCAAGCCAAUUGAAGCUGAUGCAGUGCCUCACGAGAAGCAACCCCAAGAAAAGCAGCCUCCGGAAAAGCAGCCUCAAGAAACUAGGUUUUCUGCGACUGCUGAGGCCAAGAAACUCCAGAACAGGAGGUCACACAGAGCCGGUAAAAGCUACUACACACACAGACGGCCUGUUUCAAUGGCUACAUUCAUACGCAACAACAGACCAAGCCAUGGCCAGGCCAUGUUCCGAAAAAGGCACAGCUGGCAUGCCGCUUUGCAGCACGAGCCUAGAGAGUCGCCGACCAGCCCCGUUGCUAAGGGGUACGGGUCGGUUACUAUGAUAGCAGGAAAAAUGCAGCAGACCGGUACUGGAGGGGCAGCCGGAAAGUCUCCAAAAGGAAAAGUUUCGAGUGUUGACAUGCCUACCUCAGGCAGCGUUCCUCCAGCCAGGCAACGGGAGAGGUCGCCGGCAAAAACGGAGCAAAGGAACGUCGCGCCGAAGAGACCGGAAACGAUCGUAGUGGACGACGUGGCGAACGAGAAGAUGAGCCUGAGAACGCGAGCUCCCUCCCCCACUUUCAACGCCGUGAGGGCCUCACCUACACCAGGCGUGUGGUCGCCGACCUGCCCGACCCCGCCCUUGGAGACGGAGGGCGACACUCACCUGGCGGACGAGGUUAACCUGAAGAACCAGCCUCACACCUGGAGCCCCUCCAACGUGCCCCCCUCCCCCACCGCCGCGCGCAAGGGCUUCAAGAGUAUCCGGGUGGACCUGAAGGGGCCACAGAACCGGCCUCAGGGCCCGCCCCCUCCGACUCCGGAGGAGAGUUACCUCUGGAAGCCAGCUAGUGGCACCGCUAGUAGCACCCCCCCUUCCUCCUCCUGGCGUUCCCCCUCCCCCUCUGUGUCCCGUAGGUCCCCAGUCCCCGCCCCAGUAGCCCAGACCUCCGCCUCCUAUCGGGUGGACAAUGCCCCCAAGACGACGUCCUCCCCUAUCCCGUGGCGAGCUUCACGCUCCCGUUCCCCCUCCCCGAACCGCCCAGAGGUCAACGGCCCCACCGAGCAGUUCGUCGAAGCUCGUUCUUCCCCCGUUAGGAUCAACUCCCCCGGAAAGCUUAUAUCAGUAGAAGGGAGACUUGUUUCCCCCGUAGCUAGCAGACCUCCCAGAGUCCUCUCCCCACUUGUGUCCCAAAAAGAGCCCCCUGGCAGAUCACCCAGAAGUGCAGCAGCAGCAGAGGUUGUUCAGAAAGCCAUAUCACCACGCUUGAAGAAAGUGUCUCCUUCAGAUUCGUCGGAAACCUCCUUGUCCCCAACAACGUCUUCCAUGGCUAAGAAACUGACGCACAGUUCCUCGGAGGUCAAGGUUCAAGUUCAGCACGGGAGGGUGAACGGGGUGGAGCGGAGCCUCAGUCCGGAGUCCACCUCCUCGCUGCCCAAAACGGAAAGCCCCACCACGACAUUGCUAAAACACCACAGGCUUCCGCCAGAGAAGAGGGAGGAGAGACACACGGAGCAUGUGCAUGACAAUGCCAACAAGCUUGCCUCAGGAAGGUACAUCACACCAAAGACUGACCUGCCAGACGGGGCAGUUUACCAGGAGAAGAUCGUGGAGGGGGACGUGGUGCACACAGACACAUACUACCCCAUGAGGGAACCAAAGACGACAAAGACUUACCACGUCGUGGAUUCGAAGGAAGUGAAGUUUGAAGGAGCUGGGCCUCAAGAUGAGUCAGGCAUGCCCACGUCAACAAGAUCGCAUCGAACCACAGAGAGACUUACUGGCAAAUCAGGGGUAUCCACGUCGACUCGAGCAAGUGUGGAGAACCAAAAGGACUGGUACAAGAAAAUGUUCAAGUCCAUGCACGACACAGGCAAAAAAGGAGUUGUCUUUGGAGACCCAGUCAAUAAUGCAGACCUGGAAAACUCCUACAAGCCUACUUACUCUUUUCCUGAGGAUGAUAAAGAUGUAACCAGAUACAGAGAAGUAGAAGGAGAGGUCCAAUUGCAAGAGGAAGACGAAUCCUUCAGAAUGAGGUACAGUGGUGAAUUCUCCCCGACUGAGUUUGAAUCUGCGACGACCGCACAGGCCAAGCCCAACCGGGCCAGCAUUUCAUACGAGCCGCGCUACGCUAGGCUUGGCAGUAGUAACAACAACAACAGUAGUGACAAGAGUGGUAGAAGAUCUCCCACAGUGGCUCCAGUAAACCCUGGGAGGAUCGAGGACUACACACCAGGGAGGGGUGCACUCGGGAAGCCAGGCAAACCUCACUCACAGGAACGUAGACCCAGCCUAGAAGAUGAGCUGUGGUAUCAGUUCCUAGUAGAGAAAGAACAGCCGCUCCCAUUUAGAAUAGAGGACUAUGAGCCAGGGAAAUCCUCCAUACUUGAUAAGGGCAGGGAAGCAGCGGCCAAGCAGAGCUCCAUAUACAACCCAUACAUGGAAGACAAGAAUGUGAAGCAGGCACUAAAAGUGAGUGUGACCAAGGCAGCGCAGGGGGAGACAGCCAACAGCCAGGCGGAGGAGAAACCAUCACGAGAGCUGUACAAACAGAUCCAGUCAGGAGGGGACAUCCCCACCAUGGGGCUGAGGAAAGCAGCUCCUGAGAAACCAAAAGAUGAUUCUGUUUUUGAGCCUGAGGUUGUCCAGUACAGAGCACCAAUAUCUCGGGAGCCUGUGAUUGGUCCGAUCCCUGGAGCAACCAGGACCACAUCUACCAGUAGGGUGUCGGCCUCUUCCACGAGUACCGGUAAACGUCUGUCAGCCGCCGAGCAGCUGGGAGUGAAGAGUGCACCACCAACAAAAGUAAAAGGGCCAGAAAGCCCAAACGCCACCUUCAAAUGGUCGCUGGAUGAAUAUUUUCGGAGUAUUUACUCGCCGGAGAGCGGAGGGAUGCCGGGAGAGUUUAACGGGCCGAGCAGAGCAGAGCCGGGCCAGAGGACAGAGAUCAGGUACCAGGUACAGGACAACAGGGACGCAGCGCGCGUGAUGGAGUCAGCACGGUCCAGGAACGAGGAAGAACUGAGGUGGCAGCGGGAGGAGGAACGGAGACAGGGAAGAGUAGGCCGACGCAAAGUAAGGGGAUCAAGCCCAACACGACCCCCAUUUCCUGUGGAUGCCCUUUUGGCAGAGAUAGAGGGGUAUGUGAGAGAACUAGAGGCUUUCCAGCAGUGGGAAGGAGAGACAGGGAGUCAGAAGGCACAGUUGUCACCUCCGCCCGUGCCACCCCCUCCUGUCCCCCCUCCACCGACGGAGGUGCAAACACCCAAGGAAGAAACAAGUCCUACUACUGAGGCACCACCGGUACCACCACUGCCCAAAAAGAAGGGGCCACCACCAGACCCACCUCCACGCAUGGAUUUACUAAGAAAGAAGAUUUCGCGCAAGGAAGAGCUGAAUAGGAUAUUAGAAGAGGAGAGGAGGAAAAAGAUGGUGGAAGAAGAGGCACAGCAGCGAGCGAGGAAACACUCGGCAAAUGCAGAGCGACCAGUCGUGGUGCCCAGUAACAGAUAUGACGACACACAGGUCACACCACCAACCAAGAUCUCCAUUGAAGUCAAGAAAGAGCCAAGCCCCCCUUCCUUUGAGGCCAGUCCGGAAAUCCUGCAUGCUCAGCGGGUCCGCCCAGUGCAUGUUGGGGCGCUCCCUCUAACAACACAUAACAACAACGAGCAGAGUGGAUUGAGAGCACAUGCAAGGGCAUUGUACCCCUUCAAGGCUCAGAACUCAAAGGAGCUGUCCUUUAAGAAAGGAGAUGUCAUCUACCUGACCAGGCAAGUCGACAAGAACUGGUACGAAGGAGAACACAACGGAUAUGUGGGGAUCUUCCCUGUCAACUACAUUGAGGUGAUCACCUCACUGGAGGAGGCCCAGAAGACUGCCAGCCAGGGGUCAGAGGGCAGUGCAAGAGCUAAGUACAGCUUCGUAGGAGAGACACAAGUGGAGCUUUCUCUCAAAAAGAAUGACAUUGUAACUCUCCUGAGGAGGGUUGACAGUAACUGGUAUGAGGGACAGAUAGGAAACAGGCAAGGCAUCUUCCCUGUAUCUUAUGUGGAGGUCUUCAAGGAGCCUGGGGACUCAACACCUACAGACCUGAGCCCCCCUGCCCAGCCCCAGAGCUACAUCCACAAGGCCAGCCCCCCUGUGGCCAGGAAACCCAUCAGUCCUAGAGCGCAAAGAACCCCGUCUCCCCAGGUCCCCAACCAGCAGUUCUACAGCAACAACAGGGACAACUAUGUGUACAACGGAGGCCCCCACCCUCGCAGUGCCCCCCCUCCGCAGCACCACGUCCCACCCCCCCAGCACGUGUCCCCCCCUCAGCACAUCUCUCCACCACAACACGUACCUCCGCAGCAUGUGUCACCCCCUGUGCAGACUCACGCCAACGCCAUGCCACCGCCUCCUUCAGGGGAAAAGUACCGUGCUAUCUACAGCUACCACCCGCAGAACGAGGACGAGCUUGAGCUGACGGAAGACGAUGUGGUGCUGGUGAUGGAAAAGUGUGAUGAUGGGUGGUACGUCGGGACCUCGCAGAGAACAGGACAGUUUGGGACAUUCCCUGGCAACUACGUGGUAGAGAUAUAAUGAUGGACUGAAGAAUUGAGAGACAAGAGGAAGAGAAGACCAGGGUGUGGCCACUUUCCACUCAAGCAGGACUCGUGUGCACUACCAACACCAUGAGCCUAGAGACACAAAACUAAUCGUACUCCCAACUCUUGCCAGAAUUUGGGAAGACAGACGGAAGAUCGGGGCCCCAAAAUGUCAGCAUUUGUAGGCUUUUCUAGGUCUCAUCGUGUGUAUGUAAUUUAUACAGUAUGUACAAUAUGCUUCUACAAUUUUAGCUUGUAAAUUAGUGAAUAUUUAAAUACUCUACACAAAUACGUCGCUUCCUAUUUUCAGGUGUCUCGCUAUAGCAGUGUAGAAUAUGUACAGGGGUCAUAUACGGGGGUGUAGCAGUGAAAUUGGGCAGCGCUACAUGAAGCUUGACAGAACGUACAUGUAGGGGACCUCUGCAUGAGAUGCAAGGUGGGAGAUUUUUAAGUGUAAACACAAGAGACUUUAGAAGAGAUGCUCAACUUGCCUACAUGUAGAGAAAACCACUGCAGAUUAUACCAACUCAUUAGGUGCCCUACUAAUAGUGUAGAAAAAAUAUAGACUUGAAUGAAAAUCUACCAUCACAGCUCCUAUUUACAGAGUUACCGAUCACUCUUAUCAAAAAUCGUGCUGUACCUAUAUGUUCAGAUUAUCGCCGUGGUUACGUUUGAAUCACCUUAUAAGUACCAUCAGGUGUGUCCUGAUGAGGUCACCAGAGGUGAAAGUUCAAAGGUCAUGGACUUUUAUAUCGAGUAUGAUGUGACAUGUGAAGAGGAUACCGAGAGGAAAGACUGCUACGCAAAACAUGUUGACAUGAUUGCCAAGAAGAGAAACGGACGUGAAGAAGAAGUUUUACCCAAAUUCUAGAUGGUUGGAAGAGAAGACAGAAACAGAAGGAGAUUGUAUGGCAUGAUCAGCUGGAAGUAGAAUUAAUACUUCCGGAUAUAAAUGACUUACAUGUAUGUAACAUAGAUCCUUUUUGUAACAAUUUUUGGAACCAAAUCUAUUGCUUGCAUUUCUGUCCUGUCAGAAUACUACAUGUAGAUGCCAUAGGCAUAUCUUGCCAGAGACAGAG